CCGGGUGCAGGAGCCGAACCUCCAACCAGGACAACCAGAGGGCUGGAGGAGAGAACGGACUAUAUUCAGAUCUUGGAGAGGACCAUUCGACGUAUCUUGAGACUGGUCCGGAGCCCUGAGACCAGUACCACUGACUGCGCAAUGUGCGAUCCCAUUUGUUUUUAGAGUCGCUGUUCCGUUCAUAGCCGCUCCGUGUAAAUUAUUCCUCCCCGUACGAUAGAAGCAGAAUGCUGGCCCGUAAGAGUAUUAUUCCCGAGGAGUAUGUCCUGGCGAGAAUCGCGGCCGAAAAUUUACGGAAGCCCCGAGUGCGCCCCGCCGCCAGGAAAGCGCGAUUCGUGGCCAAGAGUGGCGCCUGCAACGUCGCCCACAAAAACAUCCGCGAGCAGGGCCGCUUCCUGCAGGACGUCUUCACCACCCUGGUGGACCUGAAGUGGCGCCACACGCUGGUCAUCUUCACCAUGUCCUUCCUGUGCAGCUGGCUGCUCUUUGCCAUGAUCUGGUGGCUGGUGGCGUUCGCUCACGGAGACAUGGACAUCCGGGACAACCUCAGGCACCCGACGCCCUGCGUCACGGACGUCACAUCCUUCACUUCGGCUUUCCUUUUCUCCAUCGAGGUUCAAGUAACGAUCGGCUUCGGGGGGAGGAUGAUGACAGAGGAGUGUCCAUUGGCGAUCUCGCUGCUGAUUCUGCAGAACAUUGUGGGUCUGAUCAUUAACGCGGUCAUGCUGGGAUGCAUCUUCAUGAAAACCGCCCAGUCCCACCGCCGAGCCGAAACCUUGAUUUUCAGUAGGCACGCGGUGAUCGCCCUCCGCAACGGCAAGCUUUGCUUCAUGUUCAGGGUUGGUGACCUGAGGAAAAGCAUGAUUAUCAGCGCGUCCGUGAGGAUCCAAGUUGUGAGGAAAACGGUCACUCCAGAAGGAGAAGUCAUCCCCAUUCACCAAAUAGACGUCCCCGUGGAAAACUCUAUGGAAAGCAACAAUAUUUUCCUGGUGGCCCCGUUGAUCGUCAGUCAUGUGAUCGACAAGAGAAGUCCGUUGUAUGAGAUUUCCGCAUCCGACCUGUCGACCCAAGAUCUGGAAGUCAUCGUUAUACUUGAAGGAGUGGUGGAAACCACCGGUAUCACAACGCAAGCCAGAACCUCUUACAUUGCAGAAGAAAUCCUUUGGGGCCAUCGAUUUGUUUCUAUCGUCACUGAAGAAGAUGGAGUUUAUUCGGUGGAUUACUCCAAGUUCGGCAACACCGUCAAAGUGGCGGCUCCUCACUGCAGCGCCAGAGAAUUAGACGAGAAGCCGUCCAUUCUGAUCCAAACCCUGCAGAAGAGCGAGCUCUCUCACCAGAACUCUCUAAGGAAACGGAAUUCCAUGAGGAGGACCAACUCCAUGAGACGGAACAAUUCCAUGAGACGGAACAACUCAGGCCUUAUCGUACCUAAAGUCCAAUUUAUUGCCUCGGAACAGAACAAAAUGACAGUGGAGACAUGAUAGAGGACUCUGAAGGACCUAGCAAUCUUUAUAAUGGUGACACGUUACAGCACGUAUUUAUUCAUGGGACGAACUUAAGGUGCUCUUGCGUACCGUUCCGGCUCAACGUAUCACGCACUCUGCACC